CCUCGUUUGGCCAUCUUCGGCGCCACUGGCGGCUGUGCCAACGGCACUCUCGCCCUCGCUCUCAAGGAAGGCUACAUCUGUACCGCACUCGUCCGCAACCCCACCAAGCUUAACACGAUCCUCUUCGAAAAUCACCAAAUCGACGCCGCCACCUACAUCGCUAGCGGCGCCCUCACCGUCGUCGAAGGCAGCAUCUCCAAGCAAGAGGACAUCCUCUCCACCAUCCGCAACGGCAACUCCCCGCCCGCCGACCACAUCGUCUUCGGCCUCGGCGGUGCCCCCUCCCUGCAAUGGUCCAUCAUCACCCCCGUGACCAUGCACCACCCGACCAUCUGCGAGGACGCCACCAAGGCCAUCCUCGCCGCCAUCGCCACCGUCCGCGGCACCACCCCGUCCUACCGCCCCGUGCUGUCCUGGAUCUCGACCACCGGCACCAGCUCCCGCCGCGACGUGCCGAUGCUGAUCUACCACCUGUACCACUGGAUGCUACAGGUGCCGCACGCCGACAAGCGGAAGAUGGAGGCGCUGAUCUUCGACAACCAGCCCACCGAGGGGAAGGGGCACGCAUAUGAGUUUGUGAUCAUCCGCCCGACGCUGCUGACGGAUGGGAAUUAUAAGGGGUUGGACAAAGUGAAUGUCGGGUGGGAGAAUCCCGAUCAGACCGGCGACGGGCCAGCAAUGGGGUAUUCGAUUAGCAGGAAGGAUGUGGGGCAGUGGAUCUUUGAGACGAUCGUGAAGGAUGGGAAGAAAGGGCAGUAUAACAACAAGUGUGUCACGCUCACU